AUGAGCACAACCGGCAUGCUGGACCUCUCGCGAGGGACCGUUGGUCUCUGCGUCCUCAUCGUGCUCGCCGUCUCCACGCUCUCGAGGUUCUUCCUCGCGAGCUGCCGGCCCAGGAACUUCCCGCCAGGCCCUCGGACAGUCCCCUUCUUGGGAAACAUCACCCAAGUACCGAAAUCAAAGGGCUUCCUAAACGAAACCCCAAGAUUCCACGACCUCGGGGCCACCUUCGGCUCCAUCAUCGGCCUCAAACUAGGCUCCCAAAACUUCGUAAUCCUAAACAACUACAAACACGUACGAGAACUCUUCGACAAGCGCGGCUCAAUCUACUCCUCCCGCCCCCGCACCUACGUCGCAAACACCCUCGUCUGCCCGGGCGACAUCCACCUCCUCCUCCUCCCCUACGGCCCCGCCUGGCGCGUCCAGCGCCGCGUAGUCCAGUCCCUCCUCGCCGUCAACCGCGUCGACGCCGUCCUCCCCGUCCAGGAAGCCGAGGCCACGCAGACCCUCUCCGACCUCCUCCGCGACCCGGCGGGCUACUACGACCACGUGCGGCGGUACACCACCGCCGUCGUCCUCGCCGCCGUGUACGGCGUGCGCGGCGCCCGCUUCGACUCGCCCAACGUGCGCGCGCUGUACGCCGCGCAGGACGAGUUCACCGCCGUGCUGGAGCAGGGGGCCACGCCGCCGGUGGACGCGUUCCCCUUUUUGAAGAUGGUACCCGCGGCGCUGGCGGGGUGGAAGAGACGGGCCGCGAGGGUGAGGAGGGAGCAGAUGGAGUUGUAUCUCUCGCUGGUGGCGGGGACGAGGGAGAGGAUCCGGGAGGGGAGGAGCCCGGAUUGCUUUUUGGGGGAGAUGCUGAGGGAUCAGGAGAAGAAUGGGUUGGAUGACGAGCAUUUGGCAUACCUGGCUGGGAACCUGGUGUGUAUCGACUGGGAAGCUAAAGUCGUGCGUGUUGCUGAUAUUUUGCAGAUGGAAGCCGGCUCGGAUACCACGGCUUCGACGUUACUAUCCUUCCUCCUCGCGAUGAUCAAGUACCCGAAGGAGUUCCGUAAAGCACAGGAAGAAGUCGAUCGGGUGUGCGACCCCCUGCGGUCCCCGACGUCAGAAGACAUCGGCCGUUUACCCUUCAUCGAGGCGUGUAUGAACGAGAACCUCCAGACCCUCCGCUGGCGCCCCGUAGCAGCCGGCGGCGUCCCGCACAUGCUCACGCAGGACGACACGUACCAGGGCUACCACCUGCCCAAGGGCACCGUCCUGGUCGCCAACACGUGGGCGAUCCACUACGACGAGGACGAGUACGAGAACCCGGCCGAGUUCGCGCCGGACCGCUUCGUGAGGGAGAAGUACGGGACGCGCGACCCCGUCGACGAGAGCGCCGACGACCACCGGCGCGUGCUGUAUGGGUUCGGCGCGGGCAGGCGGGUGUGUCCGGGGCAGCGGCUGGCGAGGAACUCGCUGAUAUUGAACAUGGCCAAGAUCGCGUGGGGGUUCGAUCUCUCGCCCGGGGAGGGGGAGGUGGACGUCGACGUCGGCACGGCGUACACGGACGGGUUCCUGAUCGCGCCCAAGAAGUUUCCGAUCACGAUCCGGCCGAGGUCCGAGAGGCAUGCUGCGGUGAUUGAGGAGGAGCAGAGGAGGGCUGAGCCUUUCUUCGCAAAGUACGCGGCAUGA